AUGUCUCAACUCAGCCAAAAAAGCCAAAUCAAGCUUCAGAAGGGACAAAUUGUGGGACUUCUUCAAGAUUAUAGAGAACUCAACAAACAGAUUCAUGAAACGAGUGAAGAAAUCAUUAUGUCUCAAAAUCCAAAGAUGUUGACAAAUUAUUUAGACAAAAAUGAUUCAUAUUUUCAAGAUGUACGUACUCCAUCGACAUUUGCGAAGGACUGCGAAACACUUCGUACUAUCACAGAAACAGCCGUUACUCAAUCUUCAAACGUAAAUCUUGGUCCAAGGCCAUUCACCUUCAAUAACGUACGCCAAAAGAUGAUGGCUAUGUUUCCAGACGGCAGGUACUUAGAUUGGGAUGCCAUUGGCGAAUGGGCGUUAAGAAGAUCACUUACUGCUCCGAUAUGUACACCAUUCUUAUUCGGUCUAGAGGAAUUUGAAGUUAAAAAGAGGGAGAGAGCUCCUACACAGAGAAAAGGCAAAGAUGUUAUCGAGGAAGAGCAAGAAGUUAAAAAUAAAGAUAUGUCACAAGCAAUUGCUAACCAAUUACUUGCAAGAGCAAGAAAACUAUGCGACCGACUUAAAAAAGAUGGCGAUAUGCCUGUAUCUAAAGUAAUUGCUACAAAAGCCGGUUUCUCAGAAAGUGUCGAAAACGCUUUUGAACUUUCUCACCUUGUAAGAGAUGGAAAGGUCGGACUACAUACAGAAAACAGUAAAGUCGUUGCAACUGCUAAUGUUCAACAAUCACAAGCUAAUGAUAGAAGAAAACAAUGCAUUCUUCAUCUCCGCGACAUCGAUUACCAGAAAUUAUUGCAACUUGAGCAAUAA